GAUAGUAUACCAUUCUGAAAUAUAUUUGAAUUACUUUCAAAAUUGUUUAAAAUUAAUUAUUUUAACACAAUAUUUUAGUGCUUAGAAUUAUGACAACGUCUUCUGGGUCUGCGUAUAGUCUCAGCUUGUCCCCUGAGUGUGCUUCAAAUGCGUCUAGUGACUCCAGACGUAGUAUCAGGUACAUCAAUUCUGCUGCUUAUAUUGAGAAAAAUGUGGAUGACAGUAGCAUGGAAUUUAGUGAUCAUUACAUGAGGUCUUCGCAAUCUCAAGAUCUAUUGGAGGAACGGAGUGAUAUUGUGCCGCCCCUGGACUUGCAGUCUAUUGAUGGUAUAUCAGCUCACGAACCCGGUUACACUUAUCAACGUUAUUAUGAGAUAUUACCUUUGCGCGCUGAUCCAGAUCUGGCAUUUAAAACAUGGCUAUCAGCUAAAAAGAAGAUAAAGUCUGAGGAGGAAGCCCGACGGAAGAGAGAAGAGGAUAAUAAGAAAGAAAAUGAGGAACUUCGUAAACGUGAAUCUGAGUUACGUUUUCAAAUGUGGCUACAGGAAAAGUCACGCAAGAAGUCUGAGGAGAAAUUAAAUAAGAAAACCCCUUCUAAUACCUCCUCUACAAUUAAAACUAAAGCUGCUGUCGAUCCUGAGAAAACAAAAGUCAAACUCUUACAGUGGGAAGAGAACAAACGUAUUCAAUAUGAAAAGAAACGUAAGGAGCAACUUGAUAUUGAUAGACGUAAACGUGAAGCGGAAUCCCUACGUCAGGAAAAUGCAACACGAGCUUGGGAAGAAUGGUUGAAAAAAGCUCCCAAGAAACCUAAGCCAGUUCCACUUAACAGAGGAUUGCAAACUUUGCAAGGAACUGUUUCGGAGUUAUACGUGAAUCCAAUUCAAUGGCAAGACUAAGUUAAACUUUUACGUUACUAUAACCAAUGUUGUUUUGAAAUGAUGACUAUGAGAAACAAAAUGCAAUACAUACCCGUAUAUACAAAAAAAAUUAUAUAUUUUUAAAUUAUUUUUUUGUC